AUGCCCUUCGAAUUUAUCAAUAAUGCAACGAUCAAUCAUGCAGUCCGAAAACGCAUUCGAAGUCACGUCGCUUUGGGAAGGAAUGCUGGAAAGAAGCUCGUCCGACCGUCGAGAAUGAAAUCAAACGAAAUGAAACAUGUAGUCACUUCCGCUUGUAGAUAUUUGAGAAGUGCCCAAAAUGGCUCGAGUCAUCUAGAACAAAAUGAGUCGGAGGAGAAAUCCACUUAUGAGAUCGAACGCCCGGUUGGGGAUAACAUCCCCUGUCUUUCAUUUCCACAUCACUCUUUCGAAGAUAAGCAAAUCAUUCAGAGAACUUUUUCAUUCAUAAGCAGUAUAGGAUACCCUGCGGAAUUGAGCAAGGCUCUUAUUAAAACUCGGUCAUCCACUUCGGUAUUCGUCCAAUUCAUGCUUUUAGAUGAAGCAUGCUUACACUGCGGUGUAGCUGUAUCGGUCACGGCUCUCAAUAGUCUCGUCCUAAAUCGAGAAGAUCCAAAGAUAGCUAUGCAUCAUCUUUCACUUGCAUUUCACUUGAUUAAUGAAAAACUAUCUGGAAACGAGGCCGCAUCUGAUACUACUAUUGCGGUUGUGUUGACUAUGUCACAUUAUUAUAGGUUGCAGGGUCAAGUCAUCCAGGGCCUUGUUCAUCUUCAAGGACUCGAAAGAAUGGUUAAGAUGAGGGGUGGCAUCUCAAAUCUUAGGAGGGAGCAGCCCACUCUUGCUCAAAAAAUAUUCAGAGCUGAUCUCGAACAUUCUCUCCAUUCUGGCACCUGCACACGAUACACCGUUCAAGACAUUGAAUCCAAUGAUACAUUCUGCGCACAUGAGAGCAGGAAUCUAGAUUUCUACAAAAACAAGGCAAUAUCCUGUGCAUUAGUUUCAUUACCACUGAGCACCGAUCUCCUUACUCUUCUGGUAGAUACUAUCAGUUUCACUCUGUUGCUAAAUGAUGCCGUUGUCGGAACGGGUCCUCCUUUGGGUGGUCACAAGCUUCACAAUACACUUCUUUUUCUUGGAUAUCGUCUACUGUCCUUGUAUCCUCUAGGACAUUGCCGUCCUAAAAGCUCUCUGGAGAAUGCAGUUCACUUAGGCCUAGUGUCAUUCAUCUCGACAUUCAUGCGUGGACUUGAUGGAAAAGUCCCAGUCAAUCCGUUGUUGGCUAGUUUGCUUAAAUUAUCCACACAAGAACUGUCUAAGAGACAAUGUGGAUCUCCAGAGGCGUUACUCUGGCUAUUACUUAUGGGAAAGGCUUCAAUCUUCGAAAGUCUUGAUGACACUUGGCUAGCUUCGGAUAUAAGCCAAACUAUGCAAGCUCUUAAUCUUCAAAGUCAAACUGAUGUACAAAGAAAGCUGGAAAGCUUUCCUUGGGUCUAUUCCUUGCACGAUAAAGAGGUCAGGUCAUUACUGCAAUCGAUUGAAGGGUCUCAUUCCGAUGCUUCGACCGCUUAG